GGCGGGGAAGCCAGCGGACUGCCUCUCUCACGCUCUGGAGUUUAGUCUGCUCCAGCUGUCCGACACCACAACACGCAGAAAGAGAGGCACUUGUGGGGGGAGAGAGGAGAAAUGCAGUCGGACCUGUUGGUAUCACAGCAAUGACUGACAGCCGCGUGGAUUAUAAAUUGGACUCGGAGUUGCCGACACAUUAUUUAUUGAAGGCUUCUUCUGGUGCCUAAAUGCUGUCACUGGGGAAAAUGCACUCCAGAGCAAAGUCCCGCAGUUGUGACAACUACCUGAGUAUCAAGGACGCUGAGUCUUUGGACAACUGCAUCCAGAGCACCCUGUCUGCCUUGUACCGUCCUUUCACUGCUACUGCUGCCACCGUCCUCUGGCAACUCUUCAGCGUGGUGGAGAGGCAGUACCGUGGAGACGGGCUCCGCUGCCUCAUUGACUUCUUGCUUCCUGCCAAGAGGAUCCUGCAAAUCAUCCAGAAAGAAACCUGCGUAAGGUUCAGAGGCUUGCUGUUCUACCAUGAAGGCUGGCCCCUCUGCAUCCACGAGAAAGUCGUCCUGCAGCUUGCCCCUCUUCACAAAGUUCGACUAAAGCAAGGAGACUUCUACCUACAAAUAGUUCCUUUAGGCCGCAAGGCUGCUAAACUAGUGAUAAAAUGUUUGUCAGCCAGUGGGCAGGCUAUUGCAGAAAUCCCCAUUUCAGAGAGCAUGUAUGGCAGCGUCUUCACAGCUGAGUUCUUGCAGAAUGUAACACGUGAACGAAACCUGCAACCACUCCAAAACUGUCUGCUUACCACCGGUACAGCUGUGUACAGAACACCGUGGAAGAACGUGGUCAAUCCGCUAUUUGUCAGCAGCACGGCGGAUGCCAUCAUGCAAGCGCGCUGCAGCAGAGCUGGCUUCCGUGGCCAUCUUAGCACUUGCAGCACCAGUGGAUCCACAGGAACGCUGGACAGCCACCGCAGCUCCAGAGAGUCUCUGCACUCUCAGGGAACUGACUCCAUCUUCUCUGAGCCCACCUCCCCAAACAGAAACCACAUGGACUCCAGCAGUGAGAACCAUAGCGUCAGCACAGCUGAUCCUGCUACACCUGUCACUAAAAUCGAAAGACCCACUGAAGAGAGUGGUAUAGAACAGGGGCAUGAGGACAGUAGUGGAACAGAGAGAGUGUCCAAGAUGCUCUCUUUUAGCACAGACCUCAGUAACCCAGGCCCACGACGACGCAUUCCAAGAGACUCUGCGGCCUUUGAGAGCAGGAGACUUUUCAGGAAGUCUUACAUGGAGGCCCUGCAGAACCCUAUGAGCCUCGGGUCCAGCUCUGAAUCCAUCCUGGAGGAAAGCCCAGAGCACAGCGCUGGCCUAAGAGAGAGAACAGUGACACCGGGCAGCAGCCCCGACACUCGGACCUCUUCCAGAGAACACUUAACGUGGAGGCUGGGCAGCAAGGGUUGGCUCAGUGGUGACGACUCCAGGCCCAGCACACCUCUGCUUUACUUACAGAGGGGGCUGCGGAGCGCCGAGAGACGAGCGGAAAGACGUUCCAAAUCAUUGGAGAGGACUAACAAGGCAGGCCAGGUUAAAGGCCACCGGGAGCGAUCUUCGUCUGGAGGCUCAAGUGGCAUCUCCCCAAAAAAGCUGAUGAAUGGUUAUGCACUUCGUUUUGGGAAGCUGGAUAUUGAGGCGGCCUUUCUUGGUACUGAGAGGAGAAGCAGCAAGGAUGAGUCAGGGCAGCGCGAUGACGGCAUCAGCAGCGAAAGCAGGCAGCACAGAAAUGAAGAGUCACACAGCCCCAAAGCCGCAAAUGGAGCCACCAUCAGAUCGACGUCUGUGCAAAGCUCUUCCUGUGUAUGCAGUUCAACCUUUCCCAAACUGGUGUCAGGGGUCAAUCAAGAGCUGCUCACAUCCGGCGCUGUGAUCUUACCGGGAAACCGAGAUCGCAGUGGGAGGGCAGUGCUGCAGGUGUGCACAAGAGCUCAAGUGUGGGCAGGUGAGACCUGCACGGUCAACGACCUGACCUGUUUACUGGGCUACUACUACUCAACUCUGCGGAGAGAAAGGCGUGAUCAAGGUCUAACUGUGGUAAUAGACAGCAGAAGGCAGCAGCCCGUUCCAGCUCUGUUGUCAUCUCUGUCUGAAUUUCAGUCUCUAGUACCGAAUGCACUUUACUCUGUCCUGUUCCUGGUGGACAAAGAUGUAACAGCCAGACCCGAGAGAGACUUCAGUGUACAGACCGAGACACUGUCAUCCCUGAAGGCCCUGCUGAAGCACAUCGACCAAACGCAGCUCACACGAGACCUGGAGGGCACCUUCCUCUACGACCACAACCACUGGAUCCACUUCAGACAGAAAAUUGAACCAUUUGCCAGCAGUUGCAGCGCAGCCAUCACCUCCCUUCAGGAGUCUAUCAACACACUGAGCUCCAGCAGCGACCUGAAGACCUCUAAGGAGGUGUCUGCAGUGAUAGAACAGCAGAGGCAUCUCAUGAAGUGCGUACUAGACGACAGUCGCCUAAACAGACUGCGUCUAGAGGGAGGAACUGUACUUGCCCGCAUCAGGAAGGAAGAGGCCUGUGAGAAUGACAACUACAGAGACACUGUCGACAUGUUGAAUGCACUGUACAACCAAGUAGAUGAAGAGGUUCAUAAGCUUGUGAUCCUGUCCAACAAGUCACAGAAACAGCUGGAGAGCCUGUUGGACGUGCGCAGGUUUGAGGAGAAAACGCAACAGAUCAAUCACUGGUUCAGCGUGGCGGGAGAGAAGCAGCUCAUACCUUUGGAGUCGCUCGCUCUGUCUGUGGCCAAAAUAAAGGAGAUGAGAGAGAGUUUGGACCAGUUUAUGGAGGAGUCAGUGCACCAGCAGAGGCUUGGCCGGCAGCUAGUGGAAGAGUUUCCCGGGUCCCUUCCAGAUUCAGCUCUGCAUGACUUUAAACAACAUCUGGGUUCUGUAAUAAACAGGGUGGAGCAGAGGAAAGCUAAGCUAGACAUCCUAACCAACCUGUACGAGUUCUAUGACUCAGCUAACCAGUGGAUGGACCACUGUCAGGAUUAUUUCCGUCACCUGAGUCUAGAGAGCACCGCUGCUAGCUAUUCGCCGUCUGUGGUGCAGGUCCUGCAGGAUUAUUACACAGAGGCCUCCAAGUUCUCAAUGGACAACUUCAGCACGCUCAAUGACAUGGUGCUGUCACUGGAGAGUCCUCAGCAGCUUGAGCAGUGGAACACUCUGUGGCACAAAUGUCAGGAGACCAAGCAGCAGCUAGAAGAGAUGCUGGCUCGUGCCAAAACAACAGCCCCGAACUCUGCAGAUGUCAAUGCGGAGGACUCUUUAAAGACUGCAGAAAGUCCUGCUGUCACCCCAGAGAAGCACGGAGCUAAUGGAUGUGUGCGUUUACCUGCAGUGAUCGCACCAUUGGCUUUUGAGGACAGUAAGAAUCACUCUGCUGUACCUUUCCCCAAGAGCCCCACCAGCUCAAUCUCAUCUUCGUCGCACUUUACUUUCACCCCUGACUGCGAGGGCAAACUGAGGCAGAGCCCGUGCAUGUUUGACGAUACGGACAGCGACUGCACGGUGGACUCCACCAUCUCCUGCCACUCCGAGCCCAUCUACUCCCGGCUCCGCAAGCAGCCACUGAAGAAGAUCAUGAAGAAGACCAUGAGCUAUGAGCUCACCCCAAGAGAGAGUCACUCAGAUGUCAGCCACAUACACGGCUACACCGGCGUCUACAUUAAGGGCUUGGAGGUGGCCAAUAAUGUGUCUGCAGAGAAGAAGCUGCAGAGGCCCGAUGUGAUGAGCCCUGGGCUGGGACGCAGCCGCAGCAUGUCUACCCCCUCCAGGAUCCACAACAGACGCAGUGAUGGGGAUGGCAAGAAGCAAAGCAGUAAAGUGCAGCAUAUCAUGGAUGAAAUGAUUUCCACAGAGAGGGAGUAUGUCCGCUCCCUCAGCUACAUUAUCGAGCACUAUUUCCCUGAGAUGGAGCGCCUCGAUUUGCCCCAGGACCUGCGGGGGAAGCGCAGCAUCAUAUUCGGGAAUGUGGAGAAACUCUGGGACUUCCACAGCCAGUACUUCUUAAAGGAGCUGGAGGCGUGCGCUCACUCCCCGCUGUCCAUCAGCAGCUGCUUUCGGCGCCAUGAGGAUCAGUUUGGAAUGUAUGCCCUGUACAGCAAGAAUAAGCCGCAGUCCGACGCUCUGCUCAGCAGCCACGGCAACGAAUUCUUUAAGAACAAGCAGAUGGAGCUGGGGGACAAGAUGGACUUGGCUUCCUACUUACUGAAGCCGAUUCAGAGGAUGAGUAAAUAUGCCCUGCUGCUCAAAGACCUGAUAAAGGAGUGCAGCCAGUCCCAGGAGCAGGAGCUGAGUGACCUCCGCACUGCGGAGGAGAUGGUCAAGUUUCAGCUUCGCCACGGCAACGACCUGCUGGCUAUGGACGCCAUUCGUGGCUGUGAUGUGAACCUUAAAGAGCAGGGUCAGCUCCGCUGCCAGGAUGAGUUCAUAGUCUGGUGUGGACGCAGGAAAUACCUUCGUCACGUCUUCUUGUUUGAAGACCUCAUCCUCUUCAGCAAGACCAAGAAGAUAGAGGGAGGAUAUGACUUUUACAUCUAUAAACAGUCCUUCAAAACGGCAGAGAUAGGUAUGACUGAAAACGUCGGCGACAGCGGCCUGCGCUUUGAGAUCUGGUUCCGUCGCAGGAAGUCACAGGACACGUUUAUACUCCAAGCCAGCUCAGCAGAGGUCAAGGCAGUGUGGACGGCUAUUAUUGGCAAGAUCCUGUGGAGGCAGGCGCUCAGAAACAGAGAGCUGCGUAUGCAGGAGAUGGUGUCAAUGGGGAUCGGAAGCAAGCCUUUCAUGGACAUCAAGCCAAGUGAUGCAGCCAUUAGUGACAGAGCCAUAGACUAUAUCAUGAAGGGGUCAGAGUCUAGGACCAGGGCGUCCAUCGCAGUUCCUUCAUUUGAAUACUCUUCCUCGUUCAAGAGGCCGCACUCCACCAUCUCCAACAGCAGUACCUCCUCCUCCAGCAGCCAGUCGUCCUCCUCCCUGCUGGGCUCGCUCAAUCUCCACCUGUACUCCUCACCCUCUCACUCUCAUCCGUACCCGAUAGGCGGCGUUCCCUCCUUCGCCCAGUGGCCCUACGAUUGCAUUGAGGAAGACGAGCUGGAGCAGGACACUGGGAGCCAGCCCUCUAUGAUCACCGAGAGCUCAGAGACGUCCUCCCAGUGCACCUCCAGUGAGAGCGUAACGGGGCUGGGCACCCUGACCAUACCCGGGACCCCGAGCAUUACCAUGGACUCCUACAACAACAACAACAACGAGCCCUCCUCUUUCCUCUCCUCCUCCAUACCGUCUCCCUCGAUGUUCCAGAAAGAUGAAGACCUCCAACCCCAGGGCACCAAGUUCAUCACAGCAAGCAAGACCUCUCAUAUAGCAGUAGGCCUCUCUACAGUGGUCUGACUCAGAGCUAAGCGGGUUUUUUAGCUCACUGUGAAGUCGUCGAGCUGUCAGGAGAAGGAAAACGAGAGGAGCUGAACUUCGGAACACUGAGACUUUAAUGGCUCAAACUCAACCGUUACAUUUCACUGUAAAUUGAAAACUCACACAUAAAUAUACACUGUCGCGAUGGUACGUCACAGGUCUGUACAUUUGUUUUAAUGAACUAGAUAUGUGUUUAUAUUGUAGAUGUAUUUUACAGAACAACAACAAAAAAAAAAAAUAGACAAAACUAUUCCCGACAAUGUUGUACUGUCAUAUUUCUCUUAUUGCCAGUCUUGUUACGACAGAUUUGUACAGACGAAUAAAAUCUUUUAAACACGU